AUGGUAAAAAUCUCAGCAUCGACAUGGAAUAAGGGACAAUUUUGUCAAGAAGUAGUAGAUCAACAUAAUGCAUAUCGAAUGGGAAACUGUGCUAGUCCUUUAAAACGUAAUACUACACUUGAUGCAAUAGCACAGAAAUGGAGUGAUGAACUUGCUUUAACUGGAAAAUUUGUUCAUAGUAAUACAACUGAAUAUGGUGAAAAUAGUUAUAAAAAAACACCAUUUAAUUUUGAUAAAGAAAAUGGUUCAAUGCCAGUUAUUGCUUGGUGUAGUGAAAGCUCAAAUUAUACCGUGAGUAAACCUCAACUUGCACUACAUUUUACACAAGUUGUUUGGAAAAAUACUACAAUGAUAGGUGUAGGUGCUUCUGUAACUAAAGAUAAAGGUAUUGUUGUCGUAUGUAAUUAUUACACAAGAGGUAAUUAUGAAAACCAAUUUGCUGCCAAUGUUGGUUGUCCAUCACCAAAAUCAUAG